AUGGUUGCUCUCCUGAGAUGGAGCCGAAACGCAUUCCGUAGUGCUCCCAUAUCUCCGUUAUCCUUUCCCACCAGCGGCUUUGAAAUCGUUGGGGCAUCUGAGAUCCUUGAUGAGGAACGUUUCGAAGAGUUCAAAAAAGGUCAAUACUAUCCUGUCAAUAUUGGCGAUGCCUUUCAUUCUAGAUACCAGAUUAUUGGCAAGCUAGGAUUUGGGGUUACUUCCACAGUAUGCCUUGCUCGUGAUCUCGAUGGCCAUCAGUACGUGACACUUAAGAUUUAUACACGCGAUGAGGUCAAUCAGGAAGAGGUUCAGAUAUACAAGCAAUUGAGCCAAGGCAAUUCAUCACAUCUUGGUUAUGCUCAUGUGAGAAGAGCACUAGAUAUUUUCACCAUUCCACGUUCUGAAGGUGGCCAUCAUUGUCUUGUUCAGAAACCAAUGUGGGAGAGCUUUAGGGAUCUACUGCUUCGUAAUCUUAAUCAUCGAUUUACUGAAGACCUCCUCAGGACUGGUCUUACGCAGGUUUUGCUUGCGCUUGAUUAUCUGCAUACCGAAUGCAAGCUUGUCCAUACAGACAUCAAGGGUGAUAACAUUCUUCAAGAAAUAGAGGACACGGCGAUCCUUGAACCCUUUACGAAAGCUGAACUGGAGAAUCCUUCACCGGGAAAAUUUAUAAACGGCAUGCCAAUAUAUGCUUCUCGACGGUUUGAAUUACCAAGGAACGAUUUUGGUUCAGCUGUACGAGGAGAUGAAAGGAGAAAUCAUGAUGCGCAGCCCAAUGUUUAUAGAUCACCAGAAGUGAUGCUAAAAACUGAUUGGAGCUACCCCGUUGAUAUACGGAACGUUGGCGUCAUGGUUUGGGAUCUGUUUGAGGGCAAGCAUCUGUUCUAUGGUAAUGAUCCUGAUGGGAAAGGGUAUUCUACCCGUGAGUACCUCGCUGAGGUGAUUGGCAUUUUGGGACCACCUUCUUUAGACAUGCUUAUGCUUGGAAAAAGAAGUCAUGAGUUUUUUACUGGUCAUGGAAAGUGGAAGCAGGACAUCGAAGUGCCGCGAGGAGUGAGUUUGGAAUCCGCGGAAGAGUUUCUCGAGGGAAGAAACCAGGAAUUGUUUUUAGCUUUCAUGAGGGAUAUGCUUUAA